UGGACAAGAGUGUUUUAUGUGCAGUGUAUGUGGGAAAACAUUCAGAUACAAAUCCUCAUUUAUUGUACACCAGAGGCUGCAUAAUGGAAAGAAGCUUUAUACUUGUGAAUGUGGUAAAUCUUUUAAGCGAAGUUCAACCCUUGUUAGACAUCAACUCAUUCAUGCUGGGGAAAGGCCAUACAAGUGUAGCAAGUGUGGGAAGUCUCUAUGCCAAAAGUCUGCACUUGUUUAUCUGCAAAGAUGCCACAACGAAGAAAACAGCUAUGUUUGCAGUGAAUGUGCAAGAUAUUUUAACUACAGUUCAGUGUUUGUUCACCAUAGGAAAUUUCAGACUGGAGAAAAGCCUUACAGGUGUAGUGACUGUGGAAAAUCUUUUACUUCUCUUUCUGCCCUCGGUUAUCAUCAGAGAUCUCACACAGGAGAAAGGCCUUAUGAGUGUGCAGAAUGUGGGAAAUCCUUUAUUUCCAAGCCUGACCUUCGUUACCAUCAGAGGGUUCAUUCCGGAGAAAGACCCUUCGAGUGCAAUGUUUGUGGAAAAUCUUUUAUCACUCGUACUGCUCUCCGUUAUCAUCACAGAGUUCACACUGGAGAAAGGCCUUAUGCGUGUACUCAGUGUGGGAAGUCCUUUACCCGAAGAAACAACCUGAUUAUACACCUUAGAGUUCACUCAGGAGAACGGCCUUUUGAGUGUAAUGUAUGUGGGAAAUCUUUUACCUUCAGCUCCAGCCUGCGCUAUCAUCACAGGAUCCACACUGGGGAGAAGCCUUACGAGUGUACCGAUUGUGGGAAAUCGUUUAACAAUCGGUGGACACUCAUUCGACACCGGAGGAUUCACACCGGGGAAAAGCCGUAUGUGUGCAGUAAGUGCGGGAAAUCUUUUACGUGUAGCUCCACCCUGCAGUAUCAUCAAAGAGGCCACCUUGGAGAGAGGCCUUAUGAGUGCAGUGAAUGUGGUAGGUCCUUUACCACUAGUUCUGCUCUCCGUUAUCAUCAGAGUGUCCACUCAGGAGAAAGACCUUAUAAGUGCACCGAAUGUGGGAAGUCUUUUAUAUCUAGGUCUGACCUUCGUUAUCACCAGAAAGUUCAUUCUGGAGAAAGACCUUACGAGUGCAAUGAAUGUGGAAAGUCCUUUAUUCGAAGAAAUAACCUCACUUUACAUCAGAGAGUUCACACAGGGGAAAGGCCGUACAAGUGUAACGAAUGUGGGAAAUCUUUCAAUAAUAAGUGGACACUCAUUCAGCACCAGAGGGUUCACACGGGAGAAAAGCCUUAUGUUUGCAAUGAGUGUGGGAAAUCUUUUACAUGUAGUUCCACCCUCUGUUAUCACCAGAGAGUGCAUGCAGGGAAGCGACCGUACGAGUGCAGUGAAUGUGGGAAGUCCUUCACAUCUAGUUCCACUCUUCGUUAUCAUCAGAGGGCGCACACAGGAGAAAGGCCGUACAAGUGCCAUGAAUGUGGGAAGACGUUCACUUUCAGCGCCAGCCUCCGUUACCAUCACAGAGUUCACACUGGAGAAAGGCCGUACGAGUGCAAUGAAUGUGGAAAGACUUUUAAAGAUAAAUCCCAAUUCAAUAAACACCAGAGAGGCCACACUGGUGAGAGACCUUAUGAGUGUAGCGAAUGUGGAAAGACCUUUAUCCACAAAUCUUCCCUCUCCAUACACCAGAAGAUUCACAAUAGAGACAGGUCUUACGAAUGCAGAGCAUGUGGGAAAUCUUUUACCUCUCUCUCUGGCCUUGGUUAUCAUCAGAGAGUCCACAAAGGAGAAAAGCCUUAUGUGUGCGGUGAAUGCGGGAAAUCCUUUACUAAUAGCUCGAUUCUGAUUCGACACCAGAGAGUUCACACAGGAGAAAGGCCGUAUGUCUGCAGUCAGUGUGGGAAAUCCUUUACCAGUAGUGCCACCCUUUCUUAUCAUCAGAGAGUUCACGCAGGAAAAAGGCCUUAUGAGUGCACUGAGUGUGGGAAAUCUUUUACGUCGAGUUCUACUCUCCGCUACCAUCAGAGAGUUCACUCCGGAGAUCGCCCUUACGAGUGCACUGAAUGUGGAAAGUCUUUUAUCACUAGCUCAAAACUACGUUAUCAUCAAAGAAUUCACACUGGAGAAAGGCCUUAUGAGUGCAAUGAAUGUGGAAAGUCUUUUAGAGAUAGUUCGCAAUUCAGUCAGCAUCGAAGAGGUCACACCGGAGUGAGACCUUUUGAAUGCACUGAAUGUGGAAAGUUUUAUAUGCGCAAAUCUACCCUCUCUCAACACCAGAGAGUUCACGCCAGAGAAAGAACUUAGAUGUGACAUGCAUGUGCAGUUGUUUAUUGUGAUAACUCUGGAGGAAACUCUUGAGAAGCAUCUGUCUGAAAUGAAUUUUAUAUAUCUGAACACAAUCAAUGGCCAUUCUCCACAAGUUUCAAGUAAGUGAGAAGCCUGUACAUCCAAUUAUACUUCCUAGGGCUCUUUACAGAGUAUAAUACACCACUUUUUUGUGUGGCAAAAGCCAUUUUACAGUUGCUCUGGCAGAUCCCCACUUUGUCAUCUUCCAAUUCUCUGAAGUAUUGGAACAAAUUAACUCGAACCCUUAGGACAUCAGUUUUCCCUCUGCAUGACUAAGCAGGCACGAACCUGAAUCAUGUUACUGCAGACAAUAUGACUCAAGCUGACAACUCCACAGAAUGAAAGCUUUUUCCAGGGACACUCGGGUUUGGGUUUUUGUUUUUGUUUUUUUGGCCAUGCCUGGCAGUGCUAAGGAGUCACUUCUGGAGGUGCUCGGGGAACCAGGUGGAAUACGGGGACUCAAACACAGUCAACCACAUGUAAGGCAAGCACCUUAUCUGCUGUACAAUUGCUCAGACUCUGGA